AUGACCGUUGAAAGUCACAAUGUUGAGACUGCCUCCGGCAACCAGGCCUACACUCAUCUGGCUAACGACGCAGCGGCCAUCCUCUCCCGUCAGGUCGAUAGCACACCAACAGCCGUCAAGUACCAAACUCUGUUUCGCUAUGCAACGAAUUAUGACAUCUGCUUUCUUGCUGUCAGUGGGUUCAGUGCCAUCGCCGCGGGUGCAAGUUUGCCUUUGAUGACCAUCAUUUAUGGCUCCCUCGCCGGUACCUUCCAAGGAUUCUUUCUAGGCACUGUCUCGGGCUCAUACUUCAUGCAUGAGGUAAAUCGACUGACGUUGUAUUUUGUCUACCUCGCCAUUGGCCAGUUUGCCACGAUUUACAUUGCCACGGUCGGCUUCAACUAUGUCGGCGAACACAUCGCCGCCAAAGUCCGAGCAAACUAUCUCGCAGGUCUUCUCCGACAAAACAUGGCUUAUUUUGAUCUUCUUGGAGCUGGCGAAAUUACAACUCGAAUCACUGCAGAUACCAAUCUGAUCCAAGACGGAAUUUCAGGAAAGCUGGCAUUGACCCUUCAAGGCAUCGCAACCUUCAUCACAGCUUACAUCAUCUCCUACAUUCGCUAUUGGAAACUGGCGCUUAUCCUGACUUCGACCAUCGUGGCUAUUGUCCUUACGGGCGGAGCACUAGGCCGUCUGUCUAUUGGAUGGUCAAGCCUCUCUCUCGCGUCUUACGCCAAGGGAGGAUCGAUUGUCGAAGAGACCAUAAGCUCGAUCAGAAAUACCAUUGCAGCCGGUACGGAGGACAGGCUUGUCAAAUCGUACGACAAACACUUGGCCGAUGCUGAGACUCCCGCAUUUCGAGCCAAAGCGACGACCACCGCUACGGUCGGAUUCAUGAUGUGCUACAUCUAUCUGUCUUACGCACUGGCUUUUUGGCUGGGCAGUCAAUAUGUCGCAAACGGAGAAUGCUCUCUGAGUGAUGUUCUCACAAUCCUACUCGCCAUUAUCAUGGGCGCAUUUGCAUUAGGGAGUGUGGCGCCAAGUAUGCAAGCAUUUGCGACCGCGAUCGCAGCGGCCUCAAAAAUUUACUCGACAAUCGACCGCCCUUCUCCACUUGAUCCCACCGACAAGAAAGGGUCUAAAAUCGACCACUCCGAGCUCAAAGGCAUGGUCGUAUUUCGUCAAGUCAAGCUUAUCUAUCCCUCAAGGCCAGAUGUGGUUACUCUGGACUCCGUGAGCUUUGACGCACGACCCAACGAAACAACAGCGCUCGUAGGAGUAUCGGGGUCUGGGAAAAGCUCUUUAGUGGGUCUUCUUGAGCGCUUCUACGAGCCAUUGGAAGGCGAGAUUCUGCUCGAUGGAGUCAAAAUCGAGGAGCUCAAUCUACAAUGGCUUCGCCAGCAGGUGGGCAUUGUUUCACAAGAGCCAGUCCUCUUUGCCACGACAGUUGCACAAAAUAUCCGACUUGGCCUCAUCGGCACCAAAUACGAGCACUUACCAGACGAUGACAAACAGGUUUUAACGCUUAUCACGGAGGCGGCCAAAACGGCCCAUGCCCAUGACUUUAUUUGUGACCUUAGCCAAGGAUAUCAAACCAAUGUCGGCAUGCGCGGUCUUCUGCUAUCAGGCGGUCAGAAACAACGGAUAGCUAUAGCACGAGCAAUCAUCGGAGACCCCAAAGUACUGCUGCUAGACGAGGCGACUUCCGCUUUGGACACAAAAAGCGAAGGUAUAGUUCAAGCUGCAUUAGAGCGUGCCUCUCGCGGCCGGACCACGAUUGUCAUUGCACACCGGUUGAGCACUAUCAAGAAUGCGCAUAACAUUAUUGUCAUGUCUCAUGGAAAGGUUGUCGAGCAAGGCACCCAUAAUGAACUGCUCGAGGCAAAGGGAGUCUAUCAUACCCUUGUCGAAGCCCAGGGGAUUGUAGAUCACAGCAAAUCAGCAAGCUCUGAUGGAUUUUCGGCCCCUGGUCCCUCAAAUCGAAGUGGAGAGGGAGGAUUGAGUGGGAACGCUGAAGGAGAAAAGAGAGCUUCACACACCGAGGAACAAUAUCUCACCACCAUCACAGAAUCAAAAGCACCGCAAUAUCCACUCUGGCACCUGGUCGCUACAGUAGCAUCAUUCAACAUACCAGACUGGCCCUAUGGUCUCGCCGGCAUACUCUGUGCAUUUGCAACGGGCGGUGCAAUCCCUGCUCAAUCAGUCCUUUUUGCUAAAUCCAUAGCUUCCCUCGCUCUACCGCAGGAUGACAACGCAAAGUCUCAGGUCAGCUUCUGGUCCGCACUCUACGCGGCAUCUCAAAGCCUCGGAUUUGCGGUCAAUGCCCUUGCCUUCUGGUAUGGCGGCCAACUUAUUGCUCAACACGAAUACUCAAUUUUCCAAUUUUUCGUGUGCUUUUCCGCCACAGUAUUUGGUGCACAGUCCGCCGGGAUUAUCUUUAGCUUUGCGCCUGAUUUAGGUAAGGGGAAGCAGGCUGCUACUGAUCUGAAGACCUUGCUUGAUCGCAAGCCGAUCAUUGACAGCUCUUCGAUGGAAGGCCAAUAUCUAGAGAGCGCCAAAGGCGACGUCGAAUUCCACGACGUCCAUUUCGAGUAUCCCGUUCGGUCGCAACUCGCUCUUCGGGGCCUUGAUAUUCACAUCAAAUCUGGGCAAUACGCAGCACUUGUCGGAGCAUCUGGAUCGGGAAAGUCCACAGCCAUUUCGCUCCUUGAAAGAUUUUACGACCCGAGAAGUGGCGCCAUUUAUCUGGAUGGAAUUGAUGUGUCCACUCUCAAUGUGGCUGCAUACCGCCAGCACUUUGCAUUAGUGGCACAGGAGCCAACGUUAUAUCAAGGAACUAUUCGAGAUAAUAUCAUGAUGGGCACGAAAGAUGAGGAGGCCGUCUCGGACGAGAACAUUAUGCAAGCUUGCAAAGACGCGAACAUUCUCGAGUUCAUUCAGUCACUUCCAAAUGGCUUCAACACAGGCAAGCUAAUCCCCUGA